GCCUGUGCAGCGAAGCUCACCCUCUUCUGGUCGCGCGCGUUUUGGCACGGCUUGGUGCGGAGCUUACGCAGGCAAGUUCCAUCACGUUGUAAAACUGACUGGUUGCAGGAAUGUCGACUUCACCAUGCCUUGACGUCCAUUUUACUGCCCGCGCUAUCAUCGAGUGGCAGUCUGAUCAUGAGUCAGAUCGCACGACUCGUAUUCUGGCCAAACCCGAUCCCAAAGUCAGCUCUAUUACGAUGACAGCUCGAUUCGAUUCAAAAGGUUCUCUCUUCGACAUACACAUUCCCCUCAAGCUCAAAGGCCUUGACAACACAUCCGAUGUAACACUUCGAGCCUGUGCUUCCUCCGUUAUCUCUCUCGAUGUCGUUAAAAAUCCGACCGUCUCUAGUGAGGUGGAGCAAGAGUUCAAGUCCCCGGCUCUUGGCCUGCGUUUCCAACUGAACCGCCAUCUUGACAUCCUUGUCCCUACUCCUGCUCUCGAGCCAAUAUGCCCAGCAGGUCGAGCACGGUCAGGUGUUGUGCUCGAUGCCAUUCGCGAGUUUUCUCGAGCAACUGCUUUCACCGUCUACAUCGAGGCGCGCAAUGCAUCUCCUAAACUCGAGUCAGUCAGCGAUGCAGUCAGCCAGGGUUUUCUCAAGACAUCUUCCAGCAGCCGCUUUCAACUGGCUAGCAUGUAUGCCGGUCUUGGAGCAAAGAUUGUCCAGCUUGGUGCAGAUGAAACGCUUGCACCACCGUCAUACGAAGAAACCGAACCCCCGCCGCCGCCGCCCCCGAUCGACCACAAACCUGACAGAAAGCGUCCGCGACAAGAUACUGAGACCGAACGUGCUGAAGAAAUUGCCCUGAUUUGGGCUGAGCUCCAGAUGCUCAAGCAAGCAAAAGCCACAGACUGGCAGCGCAUUGCAUUCUUGGAGAAGGAAAACCAGGAACUACGGGAAACCGUAGCCAAGCUCCAAGAACAAUACAAAGCCUUCGACAAGUCGCAACAAGAUAUACACCAUAGCUUUGGGGCCCUCGAGACAGCGGUUGAGAAGAAUACACAAGAAUUCGAGGAGAGCGUUGGUAAUGAACUGGCAGAGCUGCGUGAGGAUAUAAGUCAAUUAGAUCAUCAACUUUCUUUUAUUCAAGAAGGACAAGUUAGCGAUGAGUCUGUUGCCAAGAUAAAAGACGCUGUACUGCUCGAUAUCACCUCGCGAUUGUCAGGGGAUUGAGCCCAGUCGCCAAGAACCUAUGUGACAGGUUACCACGAGACCAUCUUGAAGGACUCCCUCGUGGCAUGGAUUAAGAAACCAAUAUGCUCCAGGCUUGGCUUUGUCAUUGGACCCGAGCGCUACUACUAGCCAUUCCCGUGUGGCUUUGCGGACUCUACAGAAGAAUUGUCUCUUGCAGGCAUCGACUGUAUCAGUCAUGUCCCAGGGC